AUGAAAAUUGAGGAACCAAAGCAAGAAAACCUCAACCUUUCUUCUUGUGAGAGCUUAGGGAUUGUGUGCCUUUCCAUGGAAAUUCAGUUCCACAAUCCAAAGCAGCACUUGAGAUCAAAAGGGGGGAAAAAGAAAGGGAGAAACAACAAAAGCAAGAACAAGUAUGUUGGGGUGAGGCAAAGGGCAUCAGGGAAAUGGGUUGCUGAAAUCAAAGAAACAACACAAAAGAUAAGAAUGUGGCUUGGCACAUAUGAGACAGCAGAGGAAGCAGCUAGGGCUUAUGAUGAAGCAGCAUGCCUCCUUCGUGGAUCCAACACUCGCACCAACUUCAUCACACGUGUGUCAUUUGAUUCCCCUCUUGCUUCACGGAUUCAGAGUCUUCUCAAUAACAGAAAAGGCACCAAAGAACAAGAACAAGACGUGGGAACAUGGGUCAACACCAACCAACAGGAGUUGAGUCUAACUGAAGGAGUUAGUACCCCUCAACAUCAGGAACUAAGGUUCGAAUCUUCGCCACAAGAUCUGUCUAUGUUUAGCGUUCAACCGUGUCUCGAACAAGAUUGUUGUCAAAGGAAGAUAUGUGUGAGAGAUCAGAAGAAAAAAAGGGUUACCAGCACCACUAGCAAUAGUACUAUCACAAGCAACAGUGACAGAUGUGAGAACUCACUUUCUAGUGAGACAACAACCCAAAACACACCACUACUUGAUGAUGCUUAUAGGCCUGAUUUGAGCAAUUUCAUGGGGUCUGAGUCGGAUUCUCAGGACAAUCCUUCAUCGGGUUGUGAAUCUUUUUGUGGUCAUCAUUUUCCCUUUGGCCAAGUAAUGGAUAUGGCAAACCUGCCUGAUAUAGCUGGCUUGGAGCUUCCAGAGUUUGAAAGUAUGAAGGUUGAAAGGCAAAUUUCAGCUUCACUUUAUGCAAUGAAUGGUGUGCAGGAGUACAUGGACACUGUUCAAGACUCCAACAGUGAAGCUAUGUGGAAUCUUCCACCCUUGUGCUCAUUUUUGCGUUAA